GUUUGGUUAGCUAUCCCACCGAAAACCUAACCUCCAAAUCUCCCCAUUAAUCCAAUUCUUACUUCUUUCAUUCAUUUAAUAACUGCACUUCACUUUUCUUUUCGUUUGUGUUUUUUUUCCUUUUUACGGUUUUGAGAUUUUGGUUCUCAAAAUUUAUAAGAGAAGGUGACACAAUGGAAGUGGAGUUACCCAGGGCUGAUAAUCCCGCCAUGACGUUCGAUGAGGUCUCCAUGGAACGUAGCAAGAGCUUCGUCAAAGCCUUGCAGGAGCUGAAGAACUUAAGGCCUCAGCUUUAUUCAGCUGCGGAGUACUGUGAAAAAUCAUAUCUCCAUAAUGAGCAGAAGCAGAUGGUACUGGACAACCUCAAAGAUUAUGCUGUACGGGCUCUUGUUAAUGCUGUUGAUCACCUUGGCACUAUGGCUUUCAAGUUAACUGAUCUUCUUGAGCAGCAAACAUUGGAAGUGUCAACCAUGGAGGUAAAAGCAUCUUGUUUAAAUCAGCAACUUCUUACGUGCCAAACAUACACGAAUAAAGAAGGUCUCAGGCAGCAGCAGCUGUUGGCAUUUAUACCAAGACAUCACAAGCACUACAUUUUACCAAAUUCUGUAAACAAGAAGGUACAUUUUAGUCCACAAGUACAGACAGAUGCAAGGCAAAACUAUUUCCAGUCUAAAUUUCGUCUUCGGCCCGCAGAUACGCCUGCAUCAAAAACUCUUUCGUGGCACUUAGCCUCAGAAACCAAGUCUACUUUGAAAGGGACUUCACAAACUUUGGCAAGCAAUGAAAUGUCAAAACCUUUGGGCAAUGCUUCUGAGGUUUUCCAGUUAUUGGAGAAUGGAGAUAAUACAAGGACAGAGUCUUCAGCAGCGCCUUUUCCUGAUUCUAAUGCACUCAUGCCAACAUUGGGUAUCACAAAUAGGGAGUUGGAGGGAUCCAAACCUUUGACGGCAUUCGGGUCAUUUGAUAACCCAAGGCGCGAGAUUAUACGUGCACCUGUAAGGAACAAAAGCAUGCUGUCAGCUUUCUUCGUCAAACAGAAAGCAACCAAGCUAAAGGCUGGAUUUGUUGCAUGAAUCACCAUUAGAGCAAGCCAAUGACGACGCCACUAUGUAAAUCUCUCCUUUAUGUCUAUGGAAUUUGCCUGUAAUUAUCUCCCUCGUUUUGUUUUUUAGUAGUCGAUUCCUUCAUCAGUAGUUUAUCAAUUGCUUGAGAUGAAAUUUUAUUCCCUUUUUUUUCCCCCCAAUUCUCUAAUUUGGGUUUUUUAAUAACGAGCAAUGCGUAUGAAAUAUCUAACAAUGAAGAUGAGUAACAUUUUCCAAUCCCAUCAAUAAUUGCUUCAGCCUUGACCAAUAACCUAAUAAUUUGAUCGUCAUCUUCAAGCUCACUUUUUCAUGUGAUAUACUGGUAAUAGGGUGAAAGUUAACAGAAUUUUCGAU